GCGCAAAAAAAAUUGGUCUUUUGGGCAACACCUCUAUUCACCCCCCCUCUAGAGGUGUGCGAGGUGUCUAACAAGUGGUAUCAGAGCGAGGGAUUUUCAAUGCUUUACCGCUAAAAAUUUAAAAAGAUCAUGGCCGGAAGAACAUUUCAAGCCGAAGUUGCUGAUGGACAAUCCACGACAAGGCCACCACUCUUCGACGGUACAAAUUAUGCUUAUUGGAAAGAGAGGAUGAGAAUUUUCAUCCAAUCAAAUGAUUAUGAUUCUUGGCUGGUAAUCAAGCAUGGAGAGACGGUUCCCACGAAGAUUGUUGACGGGGUUCUUGUUCCAAAGUUAGAGACCGAAUAUACCUCAAAUGACAAGAAGAACAUGCAACUAAAUGCAAGGGCCAUCAACUUUCUAUAUUGUGCUGUGAACCCGGAUGACUAUCAGAAAAUCUCAAGGUGCAAGACAAUCAAUGAGAUGUGGAACAAACUAGAGGUCACAUAUGAAGGAACAAGUCAAGUGAUGGACUCAAAGAUCGACUUACUCACCCAUGAGUAUGAGUUUUUCAUGAUGAUGGAAAAUGAAACAAUCGAUGGCAUGUUCGAGAGAUUUUCAACUAUCAUCUCAAAUUUGGAUACACUUGGGAAGCAUUAUGAGGAUCAUGUUCUC